AUGUCAGAGGAAGAUAUAUUAAGGGAUGCGAAGAAACUUCCAUGGGAGGAUCGGCUCUCGCACAAGAACUGGAAAGUUAGGAAUGAGGCUAAUGUCGACUUAGCUUCCGUCUGCGACUCUAUCUCCGAUCCUAAGGACCCUCGCCUCCGCGAUUUCGGUCAUUUGUUUAGGAAAACGGUGGCGGAUUCCAAUGCGCCGGUGCAAGAGAAGGCGCUUGAUGCAUUGGUUGCGUUUUUGAAGGCAGCUGACGCAGACGCUGGCAGGUAUGCUAAGGAAGUUUGUGAUGCUAUUGCGGCUAAAUGUCUCACUGGUCGGCCUAAGACUGUGCAGAGGGCGCAGGAUGCUUUAUUGCUUUGGGUGGAGUUAGAAGCUGUUGAUGUUUUUUUGGAUACAUUGGAGAAAGCUAUAAAGAAUAAAGUUGCAAAGGCUGUGGUACCUGCAGUAGACGUUAUGUUUCUAGCACUCAGUGAGUUUGGAUCGAAGGUUAUUCCACCCAAAAGGAUUUUAAAGAUGCUUCCUGAACUUUUUGAUCAUCAAGAUCAGAAUGUCCGUGCAUCUGCCAAAGGGGUGACCAUUGAGCUAUGCCGCUGGAUUGGGAAAGACCCUGUAAAAUCUAUUUUGUUUGAGAAAAUGAGGGACACAAUGAAAAAAGAGCUGGAGGCUGAGCUUGCUAAUGUUUCAGGGGGUGCUAAGCCUUCUCGAAAAAUAAGAUCUGAGCAAGACAAAGAGCCAGAGCCAGAAGCUAGUUCUGAUGUGGUGGGUAAUGGAACCACUGAAGAACCUGUUGCUGAUGCGCCUCAGGAAAUAGAUGAGUAUGAUCUCAUGGAUCCUGUGGAUAUUUUGACUCCUUUGGAAAAGUCUGGGUUCUGGGAGGGAGUGAAAGCUACAAAGUGGUUAGAACGCAAGGAGGCUGUUGCAGAGCUAACAAAGCUUGCUUCGACGAAAAAGAUAGCUCCUGGUGAUUUUUCAGAAAUUUGUCGGACCUUAAAGAAGCUUAUCACCGAUGUGAACUUAGCCGUUGCAGUGGAAGCUAUUCAGGCCAUUGGAAAUCUUGCACGUGGAUUAAGAACACAUUUCUCCGCUAGUUCACGGUUCAUGCUACCUGUUUUACUUGAAAAAUUGAAAGAGAAAAAGCCAACAGUCGCAGAGGCACUUACACAAACGUUACAAGCAAUGUACAAAGCUGGGUGUUUAAAUCUUGUUGACAUUAUAGAAGGCAAGGAUCAUUUACUUUCUAUUGCCUUGCUUAUAAUGAUCUUGUAUGUUAAGACGGCAGUGAAAAAUAAAGUACCACUUGUGCGUUCUUUAACUUUAAACUGGUUGACAUUCUGCCUUGAAACAAGUAACAAGGCUCUUAUUCUAAAGGCGCACAAAGAAUAUGUCCCAUUAUGUAUGGAGUGUCUCAAUGAUGGAACUCCUGAUGUGAGGGAUGCAGCAUUUUCGGCUUUGGCUGCAAUAGCGAAGUCUGUAGGUAUGAGACCUUUGGAAAGGUCGUUGGAAAAACUUGAUGAUGUUAGAAGAAAGAAACUUUCAGAAAUGAUUGCAAGCUCUGGUGGUGAAUCAGCUGGUACAAGCUCAGUGACAGUUCAGUCAUCAGUUGGGUGCACGGCCACAAUGAAUUCAGAAGCACCCGUUGUACGGAAAUCAGCAGCAAGCAUGUUGAGCGGGAAAAGACCUGCACUUUCUGCUCCUGCAAGCAAGAAGGUUGUGACUGCCAAAACAGCUGGAAGCAAAAAAGAUGCUGCUGUACGGAAUGAAAGUUCAAAAUCUGCUGAACCACCUGAAGAUGUUGAGCCUGCUGAGAUGGGUCUUGAUGAAAUUGAAAACAGAUUAGGUUCUCUUGUAAAAACAGAAACUAUUUCUCAGUUAAAGAGCUCUGUAUGGAAAGAAAGACUUGAAGCAACUUUGUCUUUGAAAGAAGAGAUCGAAGGACUUCAAGAACUAGACAAGUCGGUGGAAAUCUUGGUUCGGUUGUUAUGUGCAGUUCCUGGUUGGAAUGAUAAAAAUGUGCAGGUUCAACAACAGGUCAUUGAAAUUAUUACUUACAUAUCUUCGACUGCGGCAAAGUUUCCCAAGAAAUGUGUCGUACUUUGCAUUACGGGCGCUAGUGAACGAGUUGCAGAUAUAAAGACACGAGCUUCUGCUAUGAAGUGUCUUACUGCUUUCUGCGAAGCAGUUGGUCCUGGAUUUGUUUUUGAGAGGCUUUACAAAAUCAUGAACGGGCACAAGAACCCCAAGGUUCUUAGUGAAGGCUUGUUAUGGAUGGUUUCGGCAGUUGAUGACUUUGGCGUCUCACUAUUGAAACUUAAGGACUUGAUAGAUUUUUGUAAGGAUGUUGGGUUGCAAUCUAGUGCAGCUGCCACCAGAAAUGCUACAAUCAAACUUUUGGGUGCUUUACACAAGUUUGUUGGUCCAGACAUUAAAGGGUUUCUUAAUGAUGUCAAACCUGCAUUAAUCAGUGCACUUGACACUGAGUAUGAGAAAAACCCUUUUGAGGGAACUGUGGCUCCAAAAAGAGUUGUUAAGACGUCAGUUUCAACAUCAACCUCUGGGGGAGGGCUAGAUAGUUUACCUAGAGAAGAUAUCAGUAGCAAGAUUACCCCUGAACUUCUUAAGGGCUUUGAGAGUCCUGAUUGGAAGAUGCGUUUGGAGUCAAUCGAAGCUGUUAAUAAAAUUCUGGAAGAGGCUAAUAAACGGAUCCAGCCAACUGGAACUGGAGAAUUAUUUGGUGGUCUACGAGGACGAUUGUUGGACAGUAACAAAAAUCUUGUUAUGCAAACAUUGGCUACCAUUGGAGGUGUUGCAUCAGCUAUGGGACCAACUGUCGAGAAGGCGAGCAAGGGAAUUCUAUCAGAUGUCUUGAAAUGUCUCGGUGACAACAAGAAGCACAUGAGGGAAUGCACCUUGGCUGCUCUUGAUUUGUGGCUUGGUGCUGUACAUCUCGAUAAAAUGAUUCCUUACAUUAUAAUAGCAUUAACAGAUGGGAAAAUGGGAGCAGAAGGACGUAAAGAUCUUUUUGAUUGGUUGGCAAAACAACUUACUGGACUAAGUGACUUUGUGGAUGCUAUACAUUUACUGAAACCUGCAAGCACCGCAAUGACGGACAAAUCGGCAGAUGUGCGAAAAGCUGCAGAAGGAUGCAUUUCUGAGAUCUUAAGAGUCUGUGGACAAGAAACGAUUGAAAAGAAUAUCAAAAAUAUCCAAGGCCCAGCAUUAGCGCUUGUGCUUGAAAAAGUACGACCAGGAUCUGUUCAAGAACCAUUCGAAUCAUCAAAAGCAAUGGCGGGGCCAGUGUCGAAAGGUGUUUCCAAGGUUACAAAAUCGACUUCUAAUGGUACCUUGAAGCAACCAAGCAGAUCUAGAGCCUUACCAGGAAAAGGCUCAAGGCCAGAUCAAAUUACGUCUGUCCACGAUAUAGCUAUCCAGUCACAGUCGUUGCUAAAUACUAAGGAUUCUAAUAAGGAGGACAGGGAGAGGGUGGUGGUCCGUAGAAUUAAAUUUGAGGAGCUGCGGCCGGAACAGAUUCAGGAUCUUGAGAAUGAUAUGAUGAAAUAUUUUAGGGAAGACUUGCAAAAACGAUUGAUGAGUCCAGAUUUUAAGAAACAAGUAGAUGGGCUGGAAAUUCUACAGAAGGCGCUUCCAUCUCUUUCGAAGGAUAUUAUAGAAGUACUAGAUAUACUUCUUCGGUGGUUUGUGUUGCAAUUAUGUAAAUCAAACACAACUUGUCUGCUAAAGGUUCUUGAUUUUCUUCCAGAACUUUUCAACACAUUGAAGGAUGAGGAAUACUGUUUGACAGAAGCAGAAGCUGCUAUAUUUCUGCCUUGUUUGGCGGAGAAGUUGGGGCAUAACAUUGAAAAAGUAAGAGAAAAAAUGCGUGAGCUGAUGAAGCAGAUUAUCCAGGCAUAUUCUGUAGCAAAGACAUAUCCCUAUAUUUUGGAAGGUUUACGUUCCAAAAACAACCGUACAAGGAUAGAGUGUACUGAUCUCAUCGGAUAUCUACUCGAGACUUGCGGAACUGAGUUAAGUGGACUACUGAAGCACUUGAAUAUGGUUGCAAGCUUAACAGCAGAAAGAGAUGGUGAACUCAGAAAAGCUGCUUUGAACACCAUGGCUACGGGUUAUAAGAUUCUCGGUGAUGAUAUCUGGAGAUAUGUUGGAAAGCUUACAGAUGCUCAAAAGAGUAUGCUUGAUGAUAGAUUUAAGUGGAAAGUAAAAGAAAUGGAGAAAAGAAGAGAAGGGAGACCUGGGGAUGCACGAGCAGCAUUAAGGCGUUCUGUUAGAGAUAAUGGACCUGAAGUGGCAGAACAAAGUGGUGACAUUUCUCAAGUCCCUGGUCCUUUAUUUCCAAGGCAAAACUAUGGUAUAACUGAACAAAUUCCGGAGAGCAACCCAGUACCUCGGACAAUCGCUGGAGUUAAUGGACCGGCAGACUGGAAUGAGGCUUUGGACAUCAUUAUGUUUGGCUCUCCGGAGCAGUCGGUUGAAGGGAUGAAAGUUGUGUGUCAUGAGUUGGCACAGGCUUCUAAUGAUCCAGAAGAGAGUGCAGUUGAUGAACUUGUGAAGGAUGCAGAUGGGCUUGUUUCAUGCUUAGCAAAUAAGGUUGCCAAGACAUUUGAUGUCAGCUUAAUGGGAGCUUCAUCGAGGUCCUGCAAAUAUGUUUUGAACACACUUAUGCAGACAUUCCAAAAUAAAAAACUUGCGCAUGCAGUCAAAGAAGGGACUCUAGAAAGCCUCAUAACAGAGCUCUUGCUUUGGCUUCUGGAUGAAAGAGUUCCACGCAUGGAAGAUGGCAGCCAACUUUUGAAAGCCCUGAAUGUUUUGAUGCUUAAGAUCCUGGAUAAUGCAGAAAGGACAUCAUCGUUUGUGGUCCUUAUUAGCUUGCUACGUCCUCUAGAUCCAUCUAGAUGGCCUUCACCUGCUACGGCUGAAGUUUAUGCUGUCCGGAAUCAGAAAUUCUCUGAUUUGGUAGUUAAAUGCCUAAUUAAACUUACAAAGCUUCUCCAAAGCACCAUAUAUGAAGUUGAUCUUGAUCGACUUCUUCAGAGCAUCCAUGUAUAUCUGCAAGAGCUGGGAAUGGAAGAGAUACGUAGGAGAGCUGGAGCAGAUGAUAAACCUCUGAGGAUGGUGAAAACUGUUUUACAUGAACUUGUCAAGCUCCGGGGUGGGGCAAUAAAGGGUCACUUGUCUCUUGUCCCUAUUGACAUGAGGCCACAACCCAUCAUCCUCGCUUAUAUCGAUCUGAACCUUGAGACUUUAGCUGCAGCAAGAAUGUUAACUUCAACAGGACCUGCGGGCCAAACCCAUUGGACAGAUUCAACAGCUAACAAUCCCUCACCUCCCGCUAACUCUGCUGAUGUUCAGUUGAAGCAGGAACUUGGGGCGAUUUUCAAAAAAAUCGGUGAUAAACAAACUUCCACCAUUGGUCUUUACGAUCUCUACCACAUCACUAAGUCAUAUCCAAAGGUUGAUAUCUUUUCCCAACUUCAAAAUGCUAGCGAAGCAUUUCGUACUUACAUCAGAGAAGGUUUAGCUCAGGUGGAGAAGAAUGCGGCUGCGGGAAGAACACCUUCAAGCCUACCGUUGUCGACUCCUCCCCCUUCUUCCUUAGCCCUUCCAUCUUCGGACAUCCCUUCCUUAGACGUGAAGCCUCUGAUGAACCCUAAAUCUGAGUCAUACACUGACGACAUGCGAGGCAGUAAUAUCAAUCCUGGGACGCUAGAUGCAAUCAGAGAAAGGAUGAGGACCAUGCAACUGGCUACAUCAGGAACCGUGGAGUCAACAGUAAGCAGACCAAUGAUGCCAACAAACGAAAACAUAUCAACCGAGAACAUACCAAUGAACGAACAGAACAUCCUACCGAGCCAAAUGGAAGCAGAGACUCCACACCCACAGCAAGUGGUUCUCCCAAUGGAUGAGAAAGCAUUGUCGGGUCUCCAGGCACGAAUGGAGAGACUCAAAGGUGUCUCACUCGAACAUAUGUAG